AUGAAAGCGCUUACGGCGUGCUCGCACCGGUUGACUACAAGGCCCAUGCCUUGCUGCAGCAAUGGCAAUAAGGAGACGAACCGUGGUAUCAUUGGUGACAAGGUUGAAUCCGAAGAAUUUUUUGACGAAUCAGACAAAGAAGUUCCAAAAGUUAUCACUCAUAUGCCUAAUCUCUACCUUUACCUUUUCCAUAAAAAUUUAGGAAGAAUGAGAAUGACAGACAAGGAGGUUCCCAUAAUCUUGGGACGACCAUUUCUAGCCACCGGCCAAACUCUUAUUGAUGUUUACAAAGGUGAACUAACCAUGCGACUUAAUGAUGAGCUAGUCACCUUCAGUGUUUUUGAAUCUAUUCAAUGCAAGGAAAAAGAAGAAUGCCAUAUUGUCAAUAUGUCAGAUGAUCUAAUUGAGGAAGAAUUCAAUGACCAAAGCACAAUACUUUCUGAAGAGUUUGCAGUGACAUUUGAUGCUAAAUCUUUAGACGAUUGUGACAGCAUAGUUAAAGCUAAUAAUCUUGAACUCAAGCAUGGAUGGCUGAUUGGAUCCUUAGACCUAGCCAACAAAACAACCCCAAUUUUCAAACCAUCUAUUGAAGAAGCUCCUACUCUAGAAUUGAAACCACUACCUCCUUAUCUUAAAUAUGUCAAGAAAAAAAUCAUAAAAUGGCUUGAUGCUAGAAUUAUUUACCCAAUUUUUGAUAGCAAUUACGUAAGUCCAGUGCAAUGCGUGCCUAAAAAGAGUGGCAUCACUAUGGUUCGCAACGAUAAGGAUGACUUAAUUCCUACACGCAUUCCUAGGGGAUGGCGAGUUUGUACGGAUUAUUGCAAAUUGAAUGCGGCCACAAAGAAGGAUCACUUCCUGCUUUCUUUCAUUGACCAAAUGCUAGAUCGGCUUGUUGGAAAGGCCUAUUAUUGCUUUUUAGACGGCUAUUCUGGGUACAAUCAAAUUGCUACUGCACCAAAGGAUCAGGAGAAAACAACUUUCACCUGUCCCUUUGGUACUUUCACUUUUUGCCAUAUGCCUUUCUGUCUUUGCAAUGCACCAGCCACAUUUUAA